AUGAGGGUUUUUAAGAAGACCAGCAAAGGUGGAGGGCUGACCCUGUGCCUGGGGAAGAGAGACUAUGUGGACCACGUGACUAAAGUGGACCAAGUUGAUGGUGUUGUAAAGCUGGACACAGCUGAUUUUGGAGAGAGGAAAGUGUUUGUGCAGCUGGCAUGUGCAUUCCGGUACGGUAGUGACGACCUGGAUGUGAUGGGCCUGUGCUUCAGGAAAGACAUCUGGAUCCAGCAUGUCCAAAUCUACCCAGAGAGCCACAAGCCCACUCUGACCGAAAUGCACAACACCCUGAUAAAGAAGACUGGAGACAACUCAUACCCUUUCAGUUUUGAGAUUCCCACCAACCUGCCGUGCUCCGUCUCUCUGCAGCCUGGACCCGAUGACAAGGGGAAGGCUUGUGGAGUAGACUUUGAGGUCAAGACGUUCCUCGCCAUGGACAGAUGCAACGCUGAUGAGACGAUUGACAAGAAGGACACCGCUCGCCUUAUCAUUCGUAAAAUCCAGUAUGCCCCCUCUCAGGUGGGCGCCGGGCCCAAGGCUGAUAUCUGCAAGGGCUUCAUGAUGUCCGACAAGCCUGUUCACCUGGAGGCUUCUUUGGAGAAAGAUCUCUACUUCCACGGUGAAGCAAUCCCAAUCAAAAUCAAAAUCAACAACGAGUCUAACAAAACAGUGAAGAAAUUCAACAUCUCUGUGGAACAAACCACAGACAUCGUCCUCUACUCUGCAGACAAAUACAGCAAGUCUGUUUUCAACAAAGAGUUUGGAGAGACAGUGGAGCCCAACGGCACCUACGAGAACACCCUGAGCAUCACCCCCGUGCUGUCUGAAAACAAGGAAAAACGGGGGCUGUCACUGGACGGACGGCUGAAGGAUGAGGACACCAACUUGGCCUCCACCACCGUGCUGCGGCCAGGUGUUGAAAAAGACGUGUUGGGGAUCCUGGUUUCCUACAAGAUUAAAAUUAACCUCAUGGUGGCCGGAGGAGGCCUGCUGGGCGGCCUCACUUCUAGUGAUGUCACAGUGGAGCUUGCGUUGCAGCUGAUGCACCCCAAACCUGAAGAGGAUGUUACCCUGGAGGUUGAGAAGAAACCCACAGAAAGACAGGAAGGCAACAAGGGGAAGUGA